AUGCCCUGGUCACCGGGAUUCAAACCGUGCUCGGCGUGCCAAAAGCCGAUGCCAAUAGGGGAUCCCCAUGACUGCUGCCUGAAGUGCCUAGGGGAAUCCCGCCUUCCUGAAAAGUACCGCAUCUGUAAGUCAUUUAAACCGAGGACGAAGAAGGAGCCGGACUUUCGACUGAAACAGCUCCUUGUGGAGGCGGCACUUAGCCCUGUGACAUCGGUACCAAGUGCUCAACAGCCUGCAUCUGUGAGGAAAGCUCCUUUGGCUCUGGUACCACAAAGGAGCCACGGCACCGACCCUUGCCGGCACCGAUGUCUGCUCGGCACCGCUCCCUGUCCCUGCGGCCCAGGAAGCAACACAGUGCUCCGGCUGCUUCAGCACACAGAAGGAGGGCCCAUCAAUGACGGAUCGCUCAGCACCAUCAUCUGCCGCGGCACCACCGCGUGUGGCACCGCAAGGUGUGGCACUGUUGAUUCCGGUCCCGCAAAGGCUGUUGGGUCAGGUGCCCGAAAGCUCCCUGGCUCACGCUGUGGUCGAGCUUGCUCUCCCAUCCAUGCCAGAGACCUUUUCCACAGCGCAGGAGUUGAUCGCGAUCAUGGAGACAGCGCUGCCUCAGUCCUCAACACCGCCGGUGCGGGUCAUCCAAUCUAUUGGCAAGCCUGCCUUACUGAGGCUGCCCUCCGUGGGAGCAACCAAGAGGAAUCGUUCAAGAUCUCAGUCCUACGGACGAUCUUGGUCACGCUGCAGAUCCCGGUCCCGAUGCUGCUCACAGUCCCACACCGCUCUCUAUCGUGGUACUGGUCGCACUCGCAGCACUGCUCGGUCUCCCGUUCACCUGCCAGAUACCUACGGUACCGAUCCGAGUCCCAGCACCGUUCACGGCACCGCACAUCUCGCAGUCGCUCCAGGCGAAGGGAUUCGAGAUCCCAGUCGAGCUCCCGACACGACUUCGGUCGUAGGUCCCGGUCUCCCUCGCGGUACCGUUACAGCUCCCGGUACCGUCCCGGGAAAGACCAACCUGAGACGUGGCUCCCUCUCAGGGUCUAUCAGCACCACCUUGGCCGUCGAGACGCACCUCGGUGUCAUCACAGGCUGGUAGCAUUUCCUUUCCACAGGAUCAUGACUCGGAUGUCCCCAGCUAUAUGUUUCCUGAGAGCCAGAGCCACGAGCAAGGACCUCAUCAGUGGUCUUUCUGGACACCGUGGGCAUACCACCAAGCCCAAGGUGUUCCCUCAGUUGCACCACGGUCUGCCCCGUCAGAACACUGGACACCAGAGGCAACCGUAAGCUGCUCCCCCCCAUGGUACGGAUGAGGCUUCAGUACCACCUGCAGACACCCAGGUCCCACCUGAGUCUGAUGCCGCUCCUAAGAAGAGGACCCCCCACAGGACCCUCUUCUCCCUGGUCUCUGCUCUUCCUCCUCGCCAGACGAGGCUGUGGCAGGAACAUCCUCCUCCGGCCCUCGCCCAGUUGACCUAAAAGGGCACAUCAUGACCUCUUGAGAUGGGUGGUGCAGAAUAUGAAUCUGCAAGUGGAGGAGGUCCCUGAAAUAGAGGACCCUGUAGUGGAUAUCCUAUCUGCAGGCGCACCUACUAGAGUGGCCCAACUGUUUAUCUGCACUAUUCAAGCAAAUGCAGACACCAUUUGGCAAUCCCCGGCCUCGAUCACCCCUCCCCCCCCAGUCAGGGGAGUAGAGAGAAAAUACAUGGUACCUUCCAAGGAGUAUGAAUAUCUCUGCAUACACCCACAUACUUGCUCCUUAGUAGUUCAAUCAGUAAACGAGAGGGAGCGUCAUGGCCAGCAAGCUCCUGCUACCAAGACCAAGGAGGUUAGGCGCAUGGACCUCCUAGGCCGCAAAAUAUAUUCAGCCGGGGGUGUCAUAAACAGAUAAUUAAGGGUUAAUGUCUCUUUUACCUGUAAAGAGUUAACAAGCUCAGUGAACCUGGCUAACACCUGACCAGAGGAGCAAUCAGGAGACAAGAUACUUUCAAAUCUCAGUGGAGGGAAGUCUUUGUUUGUUCUGCUUUCUUUUGUUCUCUGUUCUCUCUUGGAUCUAAGAGGGACCAGACGUACAUACAGGCUCUCCAAUCUCUGAAACAGCCUCUUCUUUUCAAUUUAGUGAGUACCAGUUAGAAAGGCAGUUUAGUCUUUUGAUUGUUUUCUUUAUUUGCAAAUGUGUAUUUUGCUGGAAGGAUUGUAUCUCUGUUUGCUGCAACUUGUAUUUGUGCUGGGAGGAGGAUUCUCUCUAGUGUCUAUAAGCUGAAAGACCCUGUAACAUUUUCCAUCUUGAUUUUAUAGAGAUAAUUUUACUUUUUUUCUUUCUUUAAUUAAAAGCUUUUCCUUUUUAAGACCUUGAUUGUUUGGUUUUUUUUAUUCUUGUGUAAGACCGCAGGGGAUGGGGUGUCUGGACUCACCAGGGAAUUGGUGAGGAGAAAGGAGAGAAGGGGAGAGAGAGGUUAAUUUCUCUCUGUGUUAGGAUCACUGGCUCUCUCUCAGGGAGAGUCUGGGAGUGGUAGGGGGAAAAGAGGAGGGGGAAGGUGAAUUUCCUCUUUGUUUUAUAUUCACGGAGUUUGAAUCUGUGUAGUCUCUCCAGGGUAACCCAGGAAGGGGAAGCUUGGGAGAGGGAAUGGUGGGGGAAAGGGUUUAUUUUCCUUGUGUUAAGAUCCAAGGGGUUUGGGUCUUGGGGUCCCCAGGGAAGGCUUUGGGGGUCAGAAAGUGUCCCAAAACACUAUAUUUUUGGGUGGUAGCAGCUCUAUCAUUUCUAAGCUAGUAAUUAAGCUUAGAGGGCUUCGUGCAGGUACCCCAUUUUUUGGACACUAAGGUUCAGAGUGGGGAUACUACCUUUACAUGUUGGCAUAGCGACGGGAUAAACCAGUGAGGUUUUUAUUUCUCUCCCUGCUAGCUAUCUGCAGGCAGACUGAGGUUUGGGUUUAAAAGCAAAGCCAGUAGGAUUUUUUUUUUCCUUUCUCUCUCCUUCUAGUUGCUAGGGAAGCAGGCUAGAGGGGACUGUGGACAAACCAAGCCAGUGGAAAUUUUUUUUUUCUUCUCUCCUUUCUGGUUGUGCAGAAAGACUACCUGAAGACAGGGGCAUUAGGGUUUAACAAGGAUCUUUGUUAAUCAAAGGGACUCCAGCUGUGAGUCAGCAAACACCAGCAAAACACAUUUGCAAAUGAAAGCGGUUUUUUUUGUUCUAACUUGUAGGGCAAAGGCUAGUUAGGAGGUGUUAAAAAAAGUCUGUGUUGCCAAGCAACCCUGAGCUGCAGCAUUCCAGACACUCAACAGCAGAGGGCACAACCAGCACAAAAAAAGCAGGAGCCAUGAGUUCCAAGAAAGCCAUUAGACAGGAACAAGCAAAGCUAGAAGCCAUAGAAAGAGAUAACAAACAUAGAAGAAAGAUGGAACUAAUAAAUGCAGAAAUAGCCAGGGAAGAGGCAGCCCACAAAAGAGAGCAAGAAGCCAAAGAGGCGGACCACAAAAGAAAAAUAGAGCUCCAAAGGGAGGCACGCCAGCAGGCUCUGGAAUUAGAACAGGCUAAGCAGAAGAACACAGCCAAUUCUAACAACUCUUCGCCAGUUACUGUUCCUUAUCCCAAGAACUUUCCCACCUACAAGGCAGGUGAUGACACUGAGGCCUUCUUAGAAAAUUUUUUAAGGGCCUGCCUUGGGUACAGCAUCUCUGAAGACCAGUACAUGGUAGAACUGAGGCCACAGCUCAGUGGACCCUUAGCAGACAUGGUGGCUGAAAUGCCUAAGGAACACAUGAACAAUUAUAAACUUUUUCAAAGCAAGGCCAGGAUCAGAAUCGGACUAACACUUGAGCAUGCCCGUCGGUGGUUCAGAGCCCUAAGGUGGAAACCAGAUUUGUCAUUUCCCCGACACGCCCACCACAUUGGAAAGAAUUGGGAUGCCUGGAUAUCAGGAACAAAGGUUAAAACUCUAGAAGAGAUGUCCCUCCUGAUGCAAAUGGAGCAGUUCUUAGAGGGUGUUAUUGAGGAAAUAGAAAGGUACAUCCUAGAUGGGAAGCCCAAAAUUGUAACUGAGGCGGGGGAGAUUGGAGCCAGAUGGGUGGAAGUGGCUGAAAAGAAAAAAGCUACUGUCAAGGGGAGCGAAUACCACAGGGGGCAUGCCGACAAUAAACCCUGUACCCGAGGGCAACCCAAAACCCCACCUACAACACAAGGAAAGCCCCAAACUCCCUAUUGUCCCACCUCACCAGUCUCCAAUAACUCACCUCGGCCCAGUGACCAGUCAGCUGGGUGAUGUUUUAAAUGUAAUGAACCGGGACAUAUAAAGGCCAACUGCCCCAAGAACCCCAAGCGAGUGCAGUUCAUUACACCACCACCACACAAAGAUCCCCAGGCCCAGAUGCCUCUCAAAUACCCUCGGAGCGAAGGGAAAUUUUGAGAGUGGGCGGAAAGAGGGUUACUGCGUGGAGAGACACAGAGGCACAAGUGUCAGCUAUCCACCAAUCCUUUGUGGACCCCAAAUUCAUCAACCCAAAGGCCCAAGUGACAAUUUACUCCUUCAUAUCAAAAGCUGUAGACUUGCCUACAGCUGAACUGAGUGUCCAGUACAAAGGCUGGUCAGGAAUGUGGACUUUUGCAGUCUGACAAUUAUUCCAUCCCCAUGCUACUGGGGGAAGACUUGGCCAACCAGGUAAAGCAGACCAAGAGGGUGGGAAUGGUUACACACAGCCAAGCCAGGCAAGCUUCCAGACCCAGCUCUGUUCCUGGACCGUCCACAAAGGCCCUGUCUGUGUUAGCAGAGACCCAGACAGAGGUAGUGGACCCAGAUCCGCUGCCAACGACUGCAACAGCCACAGUGCCUCCAGUCCCAGACCCGGAACUGGAAAAACAACCAGCACCAGAACUGUUGCCAGCACUGAUGCCAGCGCUUGCAAACCCAUCUUCAACCCCAAUGCCAGAGGGCACCAGCGAGCCUGAACUGGCAGAAGCAGCAGACAACCAUACCCAAGAGGCUCAGCCAGAGCCUGAAACACCACCUGGUGCACCAGCGGAGAGCGGUUCACCAGCAACGAAAACAAUCCCAUCACCUACAUCGCCUCCAGAGGGAACAAGCCCAAGUCCAUAGUCUAAGGAAGAGCUGGUGUCUCCAGCCUCAAGGGAACAGUUCCAGACUGAGCAGGAAGCAGAUGACAGCCUUCAGAAAGCUUGGGCGGCAUCACAGAGCACCCCUCAACCUCUCAGCUCUUCCAACCGAUCCCGGUUUGUUGUAGAACAAGGACUUUUAUAAAAGAGACUCUUUCUGUUGGACACCAGAAAGACUGGCAUCCGCAAAAAACAGUUGGUGGUUCCAACUAAGUACCGGGGGAAGCUCUUAAGCUUAGCCCAUGACCAUCCCAGUGACCAUGCUGGGGUGAACAGAACCAAAGACAGGUUGGGGAACUCCUUCCACUGGGAGGGGAUGGGCAAAGAUGUAGCCAAGUAUGUCCGGUCUUGUGAGGUGUGCCAAAGAGUGGGAAAGCCCCAAGACCAGAUCAAGGCCCCUCUCCAGCCACUCCCCAUAAUUGAGGUCCCAUUUCAGCGAGUAGCUGUGGUCCUUUCCCCAAAAAAGACCCCCUGAGGAAAGUAGUACAUACUGACUUUCGUGGACUUUGCUACCUGGUAGCCGGAAGCAGUAGCUCUAAGUAACACUAGGGCUAAAACGGUGUGCCAGGCCCUAACAGACAUUUUUGCCAGGGUAAGUUGGCCCUCCGACAUCCUUACAGAUUCAGGGACUAAUUUCCUGGCAGGAACCAUGAAAGAACUGUGGGAAGCUCAUGGGGUGAAUCACUUGGUUGCUACCCCUUACCACCAUCAAACCAAUGGCCUGGUGGAAAGGUUUAAUGGAACUUUGGGGGCCAUGAUACGUAAAUUUGUCAGUGAACACUCCAAUGAUUGGGACCUAGUGUUACAGCAGUUGCUUUUUGCCUACAGGGCUGUACCACAUCCCAGUUUAGGAUUUGAACUUGUGUAUGGCCACGAGGUUAAGGGGCCAUUACAGUUGGUGAAGCAGCAAUGGGAGGGGUUUACGCCUUCUCCAGGAACAAACAUUCUAGACUUUAUAGGCAACCUACAAAGCACCUUCCGACACUCGUUAGCCCUUGCUAAAGAAAACCUAAAGGAUGCUCAGAAAAAGACAUACCAGAGAGCGUUCCUUCAAGGUAGGAGACCAGGUUAUGGUCUUGAAGGCACAACAGGCCCAUAAGAUGGAAGCCUCAUGGGAAAGGCCAUUCACAGUCCAAGAGCGCCUGGGAGAUGUUAAUUACCUCAUAGCAUUUCCCAAUUCCUCCAUAAAGCCUAAAGUGUACCAUGUUAAUUCUCUCAAUCCCUUUUAUUCCAGAGACUUACAGGUUUGUCAGUUUACAGCCUAGGGAGGAGAUGAUGCUGAGUGACCUGAAGGUGUCUACUAUGAAGGAAAAAGUGACGGUGGCGUGGAAGAGGUGACCCUCUCCAUCACCUUGGAACGUCUGCAGUGGCAACAGAUCAAGGAGCUGUGCACUAGCUUUGCCCCAUUGUUCUCAGCCACCCCAGGAUGGACUGGACGGGCAUACCACUCCAUUGACACAGUUCUAGGAAGAAAUCACCGCCUGUGUGGGUUCCCCACUGUCUGCGAUUUGAGGGGUGUGUCAUAAACAGCUAGUUAAGUGUUAAUGUCUCUUUUACCUGUAAAGGGUUAAAAAGCUCAGUGAACCUGGCUAACGCCUGACCAGAGGACCAAUCAGGAGACAAGAUACUUUCAAAUCUUGGUGGAGGGAAGUCUUUGUUUGUGCUGCUUUCUUUUGUUCUCUGUUCUCUCUUGGAUCUAAGAGGGAACAGACGUACAUUCAGGCUCUCCAAUCUCUGAAACAGCCUCUUCUAUUGAAUUUAGUAAGUACCAGUUAGGAAGGUGGUUUAGUCUUUUGAUUGUUUUCUUUAUUUGCAAAUGUGUAUUUUGCUGGAAGGAUUGUAUCUCUGUUUGCUGCAACUUGUAUUUGUGCUGA